UUCAUGUUCAUCAUGGCGAAGCUUCUUCUGUGUUGUGUGCUGCUGUUGUUUAUCUGUUCUGUGUUUACAUUCCCCACAGCUCGAGACUCCAUCUGUGGUUAUAAGUCAUGUCCCGCCACAAAACCAUCCAUGCUGAAUGUCCACCUGGUUCCUCACACACAUGAUGAUGUUGGGUGGCUCAAGACGGUGGAUCAGUAUUACUAUGGAGACCGAAACACCAUCCAGCAUGCAGGUGUUCAGUAUAUUCUGGAUUCAGUCGUUGAUCAGCUACAGAAGGAUCCAGCCCGCCGUUUUAUCUACGUAGAGACGGCCUUUUUUUACCGGUGGUGGAGGCAACAGAGUCAGGACACACAGCGAAUCGUAACCCAGCUGGUCAACGAGGGUCGUCUUGAGUUCAUAAAUGGCGGCUGGUGUAUGAGCGAUGAGGCCACCACACACUACAGCGCUGUCAUAGAUCAGAUGACUCUGGGGCUGCGAUUUCUGAAUGACACCUUUGGCGAGUGUGGGCGUCCCCGGGUGGCCUGGCACAUCGACCCCUUCGGACGCCGAGAACACGCCUCCAUCUUUGCUCAGAUGGGCUAUGACGGCUUCUUCUUCGGGCGUCUGGACUAUCAGGACAAGGCUCACAGGAUGAAGACCAAAGAGAUGGAGAUGCUCUGGAGGGCCAGUGAAAGCCUGACGCCUCCUCUCGCCGAUCUAUUUACAGGUGUUCUCCCCAAUGGAUAUAAUCCUCCUGAGGGCUUCUGCUGGGAUCAGUCAUGUGAUGAUGCUCCCAUAAGAGAUGACCCGGACCUUGAGGACUAUAAUGUGGACGAGAUAGUUCAGAAGUUCUUAAAUGCUUCCCAUACGCAGGCUGCAGUUUAUAAGACAAACCACAUCAUCAUGACAAUGGGUUCAGACUUCCAGUAUGAAAAUGCCAAUCUGUGGUAUAAGAACAUGGAUAAACUGAUCAAGUAUGUUAAUGCCCUGCAAGCUAAAGGGAGUCAGGUGAACGUGCUUUAUUCAACACCCUCAUGCUACCUCCAGGAACUCAAUCAAGCCAAUCUCAAAUGGCCUCUGAAGACCGAUGAUUUCUUCCCUUACGCUGAUGAUGCUCAUAAUUUCUGGACAGGUUACUUCACCAGCCGCCCGGCGCUGAAAUUAUACGAAAGACUGAGUAACAGCCGACUACAGACCUGCAACCAGCUGGAGGUGCUUGGGGGUCCCAAGUCCAGAUCUGGGCCAUUUGGUGAAGGCGACAGCGAUACUAUGAAGAGGGCGAUGGGUGUGGCCCAACAUCAUGAUGCCGUGUCUGGGACAGAGAAACAGCACGUGGCAAACGACUACGCCAGAAGACUGGCUAUAGGCUGGGCACAUUGUGAGGUUCUAGUUCAGAAUUCUCUGUCUGUUCUCAGCGGUUCUGAAGCUCCACGUGUGUUCUGUGAGAAUCUCAACAUCAGUGUGUGUCCCCUCACAGAAAGCAGCCUCAAGUUCUCUAUGAAUGUGUACAAUCCUCUGGCCAGGACUGUAAACUGGCCUGUUCGCUUGCCCGUCAACGGUUCUCUAUAUAGUGUUACUGAUGCAAACGGGAAAGCCGUGGACAGCCAGGUGGUUGCACUGUCAAAGUCCACACAGGAAUUGAGGCGGAACAGGGGUUAUGCUAAAGGUGAGCUGGUCUUCCAGGUUGAAGCUCCUCCUCUUGGCUAUAGUACGUACGUCAUCUCCUUGCUUCGGGAGGAUCCACCCGUAGCCAAGCCCGAACCCAGAGUCCCUCGCUCCAUUCAGAACAAGUUCCUGAAGGUGACCUUCGAUGACACUACAGGUCUGUUGAAGAGCCUGACAAACCUGGAAACCCAGCAAACCAUCCAGCUCACUCAGAACUUCUUACUGGUCAGUUUAGCUUGUUACAGACCUUCAUGGUAUAAUGCAAGUGCUGGUAACAACAAUGAUAGCAAUCAGCCAUCGGGGGCUUAUAUCUUCAGACCAAACUCAUCAACUCCAUUCAUCAUCAACAAGACUGCUGACAUACAGACUGUGACGGUAUCCGACACAGUACAAGAGGUGACACAGUGGUUCAGUCCUUGGGUGUCUCAGGUGGUCCGUUUGUACGCGGGCCGCAGGGAGCUAGAGCUGGAGUGGACUGUCGGACCUCUGCCCAUCAAGGAUGGUUUCGGGAAAGAGGUGAUCACUCGUUUGGACACUGACAUCAAGUCUUCUGGCUAUUUUUACACCGAUUCCAAUGGAAGAGAAGUCCUAGAGCGACGGAAAGAUUAUAGGCCCACGUGGGACUUGAAGCAGACCGAGCCAGUCGCUGGAAACUUCUAUCCAAUCAACUCUCGCGCUUACAUCAAGGAUGACAAGCAUCAGCUGACAGUUGUGACCGAUCGUUCUCAAGGGGCCAGCAGUAUCAAUAAUGGCUCACUGGAGAUCAUGCUGCACAGGAGACUGCUGUAUGAUGAUGUCCGUGGGGUGGGUGAGCCUCUCUCUGAGCUGGGCGUGUUUGGUGAUGGCUUAGUUGCCCGAGGACGUCUGCUGUUGACUCUCACUCCUCCAGAUAUGGCCGCAGAUGCUCACAGACCCCUCGCUCAGGGAAUGGUACUCCAACCCCUGCUGUCCUUCCAGGAUGGAACGCCUUCCGCCAACACUAAACUGGAGUUUUCUGGGCUGCAGGCUGCUCUGCCUCCUGCUGUUCACCUGCUGACACUGUCUCAGUGGGACAAGGAUUUGGUUCUGAUUAGACUGGAACAUCAGUAUCAGGCCAAAGAGAGCAAAACCCACUCACAGCCUGUUACAGUCAACCUACAGAAGAUGUUCUCUACUCUUGAGGUGCUCGGAGCGUCCGAGAUGAGUCUGGGGGCAAACCAGUGGAAAGAGGACAUGAAUCGGCUGCAGUGGCACACUGAUAAGACCGCAAAAGCCCUUCCUCUCAGUGAAAGAGACCCCUCACCAUGGGAAGUCACACUAAACCCAAUGGAGAUCCGCACCUUCCUGUUAAGGGUGCGACAGCAUUAAAACUGACAAGCUAUCCCGUCAGAGAUUUACGCUGG